UCCUUUUUAGCUAUUUCUACCUGUAAUUUGCUUAAUACUACUUUCUGCUCUAAGGGAAUCAAGGGAUUAGUAAUCUCUAUGGUCUCUUUUUCCUUAAGGGGUAAUAUUAUAGUAAAUACUACCCCUGAGUUUAACUCUGAUUUUCUGGUUUCAAAUAUUGAGAUUAUAAAGGGGGUGCUUCCCUUAGUUAAAAGGGAACUAUGGUAUAAAGUUAUUAUUUAUGGUAUACCUAUUCGUGAGUUUGAUAUACCCGAAGGAAUGGACUUAGUCCUAGAAGAGAUCAAGACCUUUAAUAAAGGACUAGAGCCUAUUGGCUAG